AUGCAUUCCGGUCGACUAUUAAAAAGGCGCCGUGUACAGGGAUUAGAGGCACUCCAGGACCUUGUCCCGUCUCUACCUGCAGCCCCAUUGACAUCCCCUCUAUUCACCGUCUUUCCCGCUGAGAUCCGCAAUCGCAUUUAUACGCUUGUCCUUGAAUCCGAGGAUAUUCUCACAGACAGUUCUCGCUCGCUCUAUAAGCAAAAUGCUUUUUACUACCGGCCCGGGUACAAGCAACCCAAGCGCAUCCAAACUGCGCUCCUCCAGACAUGCCAACAAAUCUACGCUGAGGCGUCCCUCCUCCCACCAGCAGUAAAUGAGCAUACUUUCUGGUUCUAUCGAUCUCCACCACAUGUCAAUGAUGCCUCGUCUCCGCUGAAUUAUUUUCGCAAGAUGACCCCCAAACAGCGGGCUCAAGUGCAGCAUCUACACUUGUUCACCCAGCAAUAUUUCCUAGAGGACGAUCAUUGGUCCAGGAUAUGGGAAGGGCUAAAGAUGGGCGAUGACGGGCGCAGUUUGCGAGGAGAGUGCAGGAUCGUGCCGAAGAAGAUGACUGUCACGUUUCGCCACACAGACUGGUGGCACUGGGAGAACAAUGACCCCCUGGGCAUCGAUCCGUUCCGGCCCGGGAGAACCCGCGCAGCUGAUAUGGGAAGGCCUGUUUGCCCGCAUGCCGCAGCUCGAUCAUGGGGAAAUCAAUUCAGCUCUAUCCCCUGUCUUGAGGAACUAGUGAUUGAGUUUGAGACGAUCAUGCGGAAGACGGACCAGCUAGACGCCAUCAUACAACAAGCUCUUGGAUGGAAGUUUCCCAUAGAUGCUCAGGAGGGCUUGUAUCUGAUCGCUGACCCCAACUCAAAGAGCGCAUAUACUUGGGCUGGGGCUAAAGAGGCGGAGUUGAAAAGACAGAGACCUGUAUGGCCAGUCAAUACUGAGGCUGGGUCAGAAUCUCAAUCUGCCCAGGAACAGGAGCCGAUUCCUGCGGCCCCAGCUUUGGUUCCAUUUCAUCCUCAAUCCGACUUGGGCACCGGUAGGGAUGUUAGUCUUGGGAAUCACUCCCAAUUCGAUGUAAAUACAGAGAAGUUCUAUGUGGUCUUCUUGACUUGGAGGAAGCACCGAGUCCAGGAGUAG